AUGGGUCGAGUAAGUGCCAAGAGGAAGCUCAAGCAAUGCGACCCGUUUUUCAAGGGAAAACGUGACAAUGGCAAGAAACAAACGACGUAUGACUUGCCACCCACACAGUCCAAGCGCUCGAAGAAACGUCGUCGUAAGAUGUUGAGCGACGAUGCCAUGGAGCAGUAUGUCAUGCGCACAUCGGCAGUAAAUGACGACGAGGCUGCGUCUCACUCGAAGAAGAAGCAGAAGAUGCAAAUUGGAUCGAUCCGAGAAGGCGAGACAAUGCGUGAGUUCAACAAGCGCAUUAGUACGGAGGUCAAGCGCGUCAUUUACGACGCGGCCAAGCAAGGCAGACGCAGUAGUGAGAAGCGCAAGACGUACUUGGCUCUGAAAAAGGAAAAGGGGCGUAACAAGAAGAUGACACAGCAGGAACGGUACGAGCAUGAGUAUCAGAUCACAGGCAAUACGAAGAAGGACUAUUUUGAGACCACAGCACCUGUGCACUUUGGUGAGCGCGUCGACGCGCCACCGAUUAUGCCCAAGCUCUCGGGUAUCUUUAAGAAGCGUGCAGACCAGCUUGCUCGUGAGAAGGCUAAAGCAGAGAAGAAGAAGACAGUAGCUACUGGAGCUCGAGGUAUGAAACGUGCGAAGAAGUAG